AGACUGGCCGGACAAACCUCCCUCGACAGAACCAUGGUUAACGUGUGAUGAUUGGUGAGGAGGUGCGUCAUGGGGGAGCCGCUGGAGGCCGUGGAGGGGUCGGACUCGGAGAUCAGCCGUCUGUUCCCCAAGUGCCGGCCUCGCUCCGCCACCAACACACCCACCACCACGCCCACUGACGCCCGCCGCUCCGACCUCAACCUCAACUGUGUCCUCGACUCUGACGACAACGAUAACUACGAACCCCUGCACACUACUGGUGAUCUGCCCAGGCUCUACGACAACUCUAAGUUAAGUCGUGACAGCGGCAGUAGCGGGCGUAUGUCCGUGGACAGUGGGUCGGGCUCCCGUUCAGGCUCCACGCCGGGCUCCAGGUCAGACUCACACUCAGAGUCCAAGAUGGAGCGCAGUGCUGAGGAUGUAGACAUGGACAUGGACGUGUCAGUUGUUAGUGCUUAUGACGACUAUGAGGACAGGUACAUGAGGUCGUCAGUGUUAGACUCGUCAUACGAGGAGGCACCACAGCCUCCCCCCACCACCACCACCACCACCACCCGGCACCAACCGCAGCGCCGGGAACACUUCCGUCUCAGAGACUCACGCAUCGAGAUCGCCGGCGGCCGGGAGGUGUUUAGUCAUAGCAGGUCACGGCCUGCACGCCGUAGACAUGAUGAGUCGCAGCGGCGGAGAGGGCAGCAGCCACAGCACCAGCAGUACCAGCAGGAGCGGCAGCAGCAGGAGCAGAACUGGCCGGAAUCUCCUGGGGACAGUGAAGAGCGGAAUCAUGGCUGCUCAGUCCGAGAGUCCCCGCUUGUGUACGAGACGCGGCUCACGGGGUCGUCCGAAGUGGUAUUUGAUGACAUCGGGGAGUGGGUGGCCCGUGGCCUGACUGUGCGGGCACUCGAUGACCGACCGGGCACCCCUUCCUCACCCACGGCUGAGCUCCCAGUGGACCCCGCCGAGCACGGUGACCACGGCUACCUGGCCGCUUAUGAACGAUCAACUUCGCCUUCUGAUUCUGACUCCACUCAAGAAUCUACCACACACAAGGUCACCAAGAUUGGUAAUGUGCCCAUCGCUGAGUAUGAAGGAUCCCCCCGGCGGUACGGUCCUCGGCCCUCCCCCAGGACCCAUAGCCCCCGGGGGGGACACCAUGCACCGCCCCCACGACCCCCGCGACCUGGCUUCCCGCGCCGGGUCCUGGCAGAGGAGGAGGCUGCCAGGGAAUCCUCGUGUGAACCCCUAACGGCAACCUCUAGUGAGGCCAAUGCUCCCCAGGGGGAUGAGAGAGAUGUUACACCCCAGGAGGACCCCAGCAGUGACCUACCUGGGCCUGACUCAUGUUCGGAGGCGGACAGUGUGUCGCCGGCGCCGCCAGUCAUAGCCAUAUCCACCCUGACGUCCUCCUACUCAGAGAAUCUCACCACACAGCCCAACCCCACCACCUUAGAUACUGACAUGUAUGAUUAUUCCUAUGAAAUGUCGGAGACUAGAAAAGUUUUAGAAGAGUUCUUCAAAGAACAAGGUGGGCGUGGGGACGAUUUUCUCGACUUGGAGUACCACCUAAAGCGACAACAAGGUAACAGUUAUGUGGGCCUGCGUCUGGCUGCUGAGUAUGGUGAAGAUCAGUCACUGGCAGAGGGUGGUGAUCAGCAGCAGCAGCCGCCACUGCCGCCGCCGCCCAGCUCAGACCUCCUUAAUGAUGAUCCAGAUCACCUUAACAAUAGCUUGGAGCAUCAUACAUCUGGUUCAGAGCUUCAUAACAACUCCCCUGAAGUCCAAAACAACCCUGGGGAACUUCAUAACAAUGACUCGGAGCAUCACAACGCCAAUCCGGAACUUCACAACGAGGACGUAGAGCAGCAGAGUAAUGGUCCAGACCAGCAGCCGAGACCACUAGAUCAGCGCACUGGUCCAUCAGCAGACGUGAGCGCCGAGAAUGACCAGGAACUCGGCACUCCCACACAUGAGGUAAGCUCAGCAUCCCCUCGUCUCCUCAACCACCACCUCGACCUGUCUUAUGAAGCACAGCAGGACACAGCACAAGAACAGCACCCAGCACCAGAUAGCAUCAGUAACAGCAGUAACAACAGCAUUCACAGCAGUAACAGCAUGCACAGUGAUGCAGGUGGCCAGGAGAUCCUCGGAGACAACCUCCCGGAGUCUCCCCAGGACCCCUUCCCAGAGAGCAGUGCACUCUAUGACAGGCUGAAUGAGGUAGUGGUCGCUGCAUUGCGUGAUUGUCACCUUGACGACAGGUCUGGCGACGAGAACCCGGGUCCUGGGUCCUGUACUGAAGACCUGUCCGGUCAUGAGGACCCGGGACUCCUAGACCUGUCCACAGAGGGGGACCAUGACACAGCUUCCACCAACCCUCAGACUGAAGAAUUGGCCGAGACCGAGGUGGGACUGCAGGUGGGCCACUCCCGCAACUUCACUUUAUCACCCGAAACAACUUCUUGUGAUUCGGGUGAUGUCGAGAGUGACUACUCCGGAGUUGACCCUGAAGGGUCUAUCCAUUCAUCCUCACGUGGCAUCUGUUCUGCCAUGCCAGUCCUUGAGGAUGGCCUUUCCUCAGGUGAUGAGAGUGGGAUGGAAGUUCCAGAAGAAGAAGAAAGUAAAGACUCUUUGUUUGAACAAGAUCAAGAACAACUUCAGCAAGAGUUAUUACAACAACAACGUCCCGUGGUGCGGUCUCUGGACGAGCAGUUGUGCAGGGGUGAGCUGCCACCCCUCAACCCCCUCCCAACGCUCAACUCACAUAACUCCCCCCUCCCCAAUGCUGCCAGUUCCCCCCAUACUAAAAUCCACUCACGGAAUUCCCCCCAUACUAAUGCACAGUCUCCUUCGUCUUCAACACUAAAACUCAUGAAGAAGCAGAUAACGGAGAUUGAGAGGGAGAUAGCCAUGAGGAGGCCAGAGGGAGGGCCCAGGAGGGGAGGGCAUGAUGGAGAGGGACCUCAGCCCCCCCUGGACCUGCACCUUCUAGAUCCUCUUAAUGAGAAAAUGCCAGAGCCUCCGCCGCCUCCUGCACCACACCCUCAUCGUGGUGGGUCGACAGGAAAUUCCACUGUUGUAGAAAAUGGAAGUUCGUCGUCCACUCCAAAUCAAAUGCCAGCUGUUUCCCCAAGCCAUGUCCUUGGGCACCUGCACUCACCUCAGUAUACUCCAG